ACUGACGAGCAGUGACGAAGCGAAAAGCCAAACGUGGCGGACUGAGCCGUUCUACCUUUUCACAAUUACCAUCUUAGAACAUUAUUGGUUCGAAUAUUGCGGCAAAUACUUCACGAUAAACAUCGCCUUGCGUCUACCAAAACAACAUUUGAGUUUGGAGCGAUGGAGUUUUAUCUGAAGUGAAGAUUGAAGACGUGAUAGAAGAUGGACGACUACUGCGAUGCUGAGAUGGCGACCACGUGGGAAAGAGAAAGUGAAAGAGAAUCAGAAGCUUCCAGCAAAUCACCAACGGGGAUAAAGACGAAAGAUGAAGAAAUCCAGCAGCUGAUUGGUCAUCCAGAAGAACUUCAGUUAGGGGAGAGCUUCACUUUGAAGCAGGAGACUCCACAACCACCCUGCAUUGAAAAGGAAGAGGAGGAACUCUGCAUCACUCAGGAGGGAGAGUGUCUUCUAGGACGAGAGGAAGCUGAUUACACCAAGUUGCAACUGACUAUUGUCUCUGUGAAGACUGAAGAUGAUGAAGAGAAACCACAACCAGACAACCUCUUAACUCCACUAUCAGAUAGUAAGGUCGAAAACGAUGUUGAAUUCUCUGUGAAGACUGAAGAUGAUGAAGAGAAACCACAACCAGACAACCUGUUAGCUCCACUAUCAGAUUGUAAGGUCGAAAACGAUGUUGAAUUUUCUGUGAAGACUGAAGAUUAUGAGGAGAAACCACAACCAAACGCUCUCUUAGCUCAGCUUUCAGAUAGUAAAGUUGAAAAUGAUGAUGAAUUAUCUGUGAAGACUGAAGAUUAUGAGGAGAAACCACAACCAAACACUCUCUUAGCUCAGCUUUCAGAUAGUAAAGUUGAAAAUGAUGAUGAAUUAUCCGUGAAGACUGAAGAUUAUGAGGAGAAACCACAACCAAACACUCUCUUAGCUCAGCUUUCAGAUACUAAGGUUGAAAACGAUGUCGAAUUCUCUGUGAAGACUGAAGAUUAUGAGGAGAAACCACAACCAAACACUCUCUUAGCUCAGCUUUCAGAUAGUAAAGUGGAAAAUGACGAUGAAUUAUCCGUGAAGACUGAAGAUUAUGAGGAGAAACCACAACCAAACACUCUCUUGGCUCAGCUUUCAGAUAGUAAAGUUGAAAACGAUGUUGAAUCCUCUAUGAAGACUGAAAAUGAUGAAGAGAAACCACAACCAAACACUCUCUUAGCUCAGCUUUCAGAUACUAAGGUUGAAAACGAUAUAGAAUUCUCCGUGAAGACUGAAGAUUAUGAGGAGAAACCACAACCAAACACUCUCUUAGCUCAGCUUUCAGAUAGUAAGGUUGAAAACGAUGUUGAAUCCUCUAUGAAGACUGAAAAUGAUGAAGAGAAACCACAACCAGACAACCUCUUAGCGCCACUAUCAGAUAGUAUGGUGGAAGAACCUUUGAGCAGCGACAUAGACUUCAGAGGUGGCAUGAGGACUCACACUGACAACGGACACUCUGAACCUCCUAAAAAAAAAAAGAGAGACGACCAGCACCUGAUGGGUAAUCCAGAAGAAGUUCCCCCUCAGUCAGGGGGGAGCUCCACUUUGAAGCAGGAGACUCCACAACCACCCUGCAUUAAAAAGGAAGAGAAGGAACUCGGCAUCACUCGGGAGGGAGAGUGUCUUCUAGGACGAGAGGAAGCUGAUCACACCAAGGUUCCACUGAGUAUUGUCUCUGCGAAGACUGGAGAUGACAAAGAGAAACCACAAGCAGACAACCUCUCAAGUCCACUGUCAGAUAGUGAGGCUGAAGACGAGGUUGAAGGACCUUGGAGCAGUGAAACUGACUGUGAAGGUGAUAUUUCUAAAACGCAGAAAGGUAAAAAAGGUUUCAACUGCUCAGUUUGUGCUAAAAGCUUUACUCGAAAAUGUAAUUUGAGUCAACACAUGAGAACACACCAAGAUGAGGGGCUUUUUAACUGUUCAGUCUGUGACAAAAGUUUUUAUUUCAAGUACCAUUUGACUGAGCACAUGAGAAGCCACACAGAAAAAAAAACAUAUAACUGCUCCCAUUGUAGUAAAAUAUUUAGUUCCAAACGAGGUGUGUCUCUACACAUCAUGAACCACUCUGGACUAAAACCUUUUAACUGUUCAGUUUGUGGUAAAAGCUUUACUCGAAAGACAUAUUUGACUCAACACAUGAGAACGCACACAGGAGAAAAACCAUUUAAUUGUUCAGUGUGUGCCAAAAGCUUUUCUCUAAGGAGCAACUUGAUUGAACACAAAAGAAGACACACAGGAGAGAAUCAAUUCAAUUGUUCGGUUUGCGGGCAGAGCUUUUAUCGGAAAAGCUAUUUGACUCAGCACAUGCGGAAACACACAGGAGAAAGACCAUUCAACUGUACAGAUUGCGGCAAAACCUUUGCUAUACAUUGCAAUUAUACCAGACACAUGAAAACACACACCGGAGAAAAAACCUUCAGUUGUUCAAUCUGCGGAAAAAGAUUCAAUCGUAAUUCAGAAGCAGUUAAACACAUGAGAACACACAAGAACAAUAACCGAUCAGCUUUGUAGCUCAUGUGACCCAAGCCCAGCCUCCUCAACAUGACUUUCACAAAUAUCUGAUAUCUUCGUACAGAUUGGGAUUGUCUGGAGCAUCUUGUUUUCUCCACACGACCCCAUGUCUUCUCUGUGGCCUAGUGGUUAGAGUGUCUGCCCUGAGAUGGGUAGGUUGUGAGUUCAAAACCCCGGCCGAGUCAUACCAAAGACUAUAAAAAUGGGAUCCAAUACCUCCCUGCUUGGCACUCAGUGUCAAGGGUUGGAAUAGGGGGAUGCUUGUAUCUUUCAGCACUCGAGCUCUCCUACACCUUGUAAAUUCAGAAUGAUCCUCACUUCUUAGAUCGAAUGUGGUUGGAGUUUUGACCAAGUUAUUAGAUCCGUGCCACAAUCUUUUAUGAUACAGAUGAGAGGCAUGAUAUGUGACCUUUACCUUGGACUUUAACAAACUGGAAGACGACACAGCUGCAGCAGUCAAUGGUCAAGGAGCUGGGAUUACCUCUAGUUGGUGUACAGAGGAGCCGUUUGAACAAUGUGCUGUGUCACUACGCCAGAGAAAUACUUGCUCUGUGUUAGCGCAUAUAAUAACAAUGUCGCUAUGGCUUGGUUCACCAUCCAUCUUCUUCCGCUUAUCCGAGAUUGGGUCGCGGGGGAAGCAGCCUAAGCAUGGAAGCCCAGACUUUCCUCUCCCCGGCCACUUAGUCCAGCUCUUGCCGGGGGAUCCCGAGGCAUUCCCAGCCCACCCGGGAGACAUGGUCUUCCCAACGUGUCCUGGGUCUUCCCUGUGGCCUCCUAUCGGUUGGACGUGCCCGGAAUGCCUCCCUGACCAGAUGCCGGAACCACCUCAUCUGGUUCCUCUCCAUGUGGCUUUACUUUGAGUUCCUCCCGGAUGGCAGAGCUGCCCACCCUAUCUCUAGGGGAGAGACCCACCACCCGGUAGAGGAAACUCAUUUGGGCCAUUUGUACCCGUGAUCGUGUCCUUUGGGUCAUGAUCCAAAGCUCAUGACCAUAGGUGAGGAUGGGAACGUAGAUCGACCGGUAAAUUGAGAGCUUUGCCUUCCGGCUCAGCUCCUUGUUCACCACAACGGAUCUGUACAACGUCCACAUUACUGAAGACGCCGCACCGAUCCGCCUGUCGAUCUCACCAUCCACUCCUCCCUCACUCGUGAACAAGACUCCGAGGUACUUGAACUCCUCCACUUGGGGCAAGACCUCCUCCCCAACCCGGAGAUGGCACUCCACCCUUUUCCGGGCGAGCUUGGUUCACACGGAUGUAAAUGGAGCUUUGUUCUCCGGUUUUGUUUAGUUUUUUUAAACCGGCACCUCUACAGGCGGUGUAGACGCCUGUCCGUUACUUUUAUUGUUUGCUGCCUCUUACUAGCAGUUUUUCACUAUGUAGAACACACAGAUGUGUCUUCUUAUUUUCCUUUUUUAUGAAAUAUUUUUGAAAUUAUGAAAUUACUUUAACAAGAAAAUCCCGAUUGGAACAGCAACACUAUGCAACUUUUUGCUAGGAAUGGAGUCCUCAAGCCCACACUGACAUUUUUUAAACCAAGUUUUAUAAGAAAAAAAAAUAUUUCCUGAGCUUAUAAAACUGAAAAUACGGUUCUGGCUUCUGAUAAGACAUAUUUUUGUUAUCUUAGUGUUUAAGUAUGUUUACUUUCUUCUAUUUUAUAGAAUUAGUUUGGUUUAGGUGACGUCACAUGGGUUCACUUCCUGUUGUAUGUAGAAACGUCAUGUAUGGAUCUUCAUAUUUACCUUUACUAUGUAGUAGUUGUUUUUAUAUCUUGCUUUAUUGUCUGAAUAUUAAUGAUUAGUCUGGCAGCUACUGAAGAUAUCUUUCUUAAGACAACAGUUAGAAAUUUUUUUUUAGAUUUUAUUUUACGACCACAUUGUUGCCGUUUUGUAAGACAAUGUUGUUACUGUAUUGUGUUUGUUGUUUUGUAUCGCUUUAGUGCAAUAAAGAUGAAUUAAAAAGU